AGAACAACUCCAUAUCAAGCUGCAACCAUGGAUGAGAUGGACCUGCCCCAGAUGAAGAAGGAGGUGGAGAGCCUGAAGUACCAGCUGGCCUUCAAACGAGAGAAAUCCUCCAAAACAGUCACAGAUUUGGUCAAGUGGAUCGAGGACGGUGUACCUGAAGAUCCCUUCCUAAACCCGGAGCUGAUGAAGAACAACCCGUGGGUGGAGAAAGGCAAAUGCAUCCUCCUCUAGGAAGAAGACAUCCGUCUCCCCAGAGCUGCCAGUGUCAACAGUAACCCCUGCAGACGACCCCUGAAGCCGACCUGGACUGUGAGGGCAGAGGCAAAACAGCGCCCAAUGAGCCCUCACCAUGAAUGUACUACAGCUGAUACCCCCACCCAGUUCACCACAGACACACACACACACACAUGGCAACAAGGGCACAGAAUCACACAUUUCCACAUCUCCUCGAACCUUACCUGACUCUUUCUCUGCAAGUUUAUUACUGUAUCAGCAAUCUAGCAAUCACUAUGAUAUGAGAGCAACAAUUAUUACUUGUACUGCACUGGUUUGUAUGAAUAUACUGUAAGAUUAUUUAUUCUGCUGGCGGUUGCAAGCAUUUUCUUUGCAAAUUUCUUUUUUAACUUCUGACUUUAAUGAGUCAAUGAUGUUUAAUACAAUGUAGACUCACAUCCUCACUGCCAGACUGACUGUAGGUGCACUGAAAGAAAGUCCAUCAUUGUCACUAAAACCAUAACCACACUUAUUUACCUUUAAUUAGAUACUUUAAAAGUAUGAAGCUACGAAAAAAAAUGUAGAUUUUGAUUGUUUAAUUGGAAUUUAAAGAUAAUCCAUAUAGUAAUCUUUAAGAAAGAAUAUGUCUCUGUAGGUUAGCAAAGUUGGUUUUAAUGGCCUUUUCAGUACCAAAAAUUUGCAAUUAACGUGUAAUCAACAGGUUCCAUAAGUUUUAUGUCCCCUGUAGACACAUAUACAUCAAUUAACCAUAGUUUACACCAGAGGUCUUCAACAGGGAGGUACUGCGAAAGUUUUGGUUGAUUAAACCUUUUUUUUUAUAUUCCCCCCUGAAAUUUUCCACUAAUUAAAAUGUCUUUAAAUCCACAUUAACAUGAAUUCAA